GCGCUGUGAGUGGUCCUCCCUGGAGAUGCUGGGAAAAGGGGUGGAGUCAUCAGAAAGGAUGAGCCUUCCUUGGGCCUUCGGAUCUGGUGGGGCUGCCACUUUGGGAAGGGCCCGGGGCUUCGGAAGAAAGCAAAACUAGCCUUGUGGCGAAGAAGGAGCCCAGCUGGCCCCAGGCUAUAAGACUAAGGGGUCGACGGAAAAGAGGCAGAGCCUGAAACCAAAUCUGCGGAGCAAGCCAAGGCCUGGGGACUUGCCAGAGGAAAGGGUUAAGCCGUUUCCAAGGCAACGGACCAGGAAGCACGCAAGACGUCCGCCGCAGGUGUUUUGUGGAUUAACUCUUCAUUGAUUAUAUACGACAAAAAAUAGUUAUGGCGACUUUCAGAAACAAUCACAUGAAGACGAAAGCAUCUAUCAGAAAAAGCUUCAGUGAAGAUGUGUUCCAGUCUGUAAAGUCUUUAUUGCAGAGUGAGAAGGAACUAUGCAGUGUAACAGCAGAGGACUGUUUACAGCAGGAUGAACAUGCCAAUUUAACUGAGGUCACAUUUCUGGGUUUUAAUGAAGAGACAGAUGCCACUCAUGUACAGGAUUUAGCUGCAGUUUCUUUGGAACUUCCAGAUCUUCUGAAUUCACUCCACUUCUGCAGUCUAAAUGAAAAUGAAAUUAUUUGUAUGAAGAAUAUAAAUAAACCAUCAGAUAUAAGCAGUGAUCCUCUAAAUCAGAGUCAUCCUUCUGGAAUGCUUUGUGUCAUGAGAGUGUCACCUACAUCACCAAAACUUAGGAUUGAUUUUAUCUUUAGUCUCCUAAGUAAAUAUGCUACUGGUAUAAGGUACACCUUGGACACAUUCUUGCAUCAGAAGCACCCACUUGAGACCACUGAUGAAGAUGAUGAUGAUACUAACCAGUCUGUGUCAUCCAUAGAGGAUGACUUUGUCACUGCUUUUGAGCACUUAGAAGAGGAAGAGACUUCAAAGCCGUAUAAUGAUGGAAUGAACAUUACUGCGCUAAGGAACCAGUGUGAUGCUGCUUCCCAGACAGUUACUGGUCAUCAUUUAGAAACCCAUGAUUUAAAGAUUCUCAUUAGCACUGGACAGCAGAAGUCAUUGGCUAAACCCUCAACUUCCUCAGUGAAUGUCCUGGGACCUAAAGAACUACCUUCUGUGAAAACUUCAGUCACAACAUCCAUUUCAGAGCCUUGGACCCAAAGGAGUUUCUAUAGGUCAUCUAAUGCUUCAGAUAAAGAUAGUGAUUUACAGAAAACAUUUUUUUCGUCUUCUCCUGCCUACUCAUCUGAAUCAGAAUGUUCAAGUCCAAGUCCUGUUAUUUUCUUGGAUGAAGAGGGAUAUCAAAAAAGCUUAAAAGCAAAACUUGAGCUGCCUAAAAUUCCUGUGAUGAAAGAUGACAUAGAGGAUUCAGACUCAGAAGUAAGUGAAUUUUUUGAUAGUUUUGAUCAGUUUGAUGAACUAGAACAAACUUUAGAGACUUACCUGUUUAAUAAAGAUCCUGUCAUAGGGAAGUCAUCACAGAAGAAAGGGCACAAACAUGGAAAAUCAUGUAUGAAUCCUCAAAAAUUCAAGUUUGAUCGUCCAGCUCUCCCAGCUAAUGUUAGAAAGCCAACUCCUCGUAAACCGGAAUCUCCAUAUGGUAACCUGUGUGAUGCUCCGGAUUCUCCUCGCCCAGUGAAGGCCUCGGGGGAAGAUAGUGGUUUAUUUAGUCCUAUUCGAUCCUCUGCUUUUAGUCCUCUUGGAGGCUGUACUCCAGCUGAAUGUUUUUGCCAAACAGAUAUUGGUGGAGAUAGGAUUCACGAAAAUCUUGAUUCUAUUUAUUACACCUAUGAAGAUUAUGCAAAUAACGUAUCAUGUGAAGUACUAGGCUCAGUUCUUCGUACUCAGCACACUAAUGCCCUAUCAAAUAUUAUCAGUAUUAAACAUGGAGAAAAUAAAACUGUAACUUUUAAGCAUGGAAACCUUGAUCAAAAAAAUAAAUCUAAAAAUAAAUCCUUAAUGAUUAAAGAUAGCAUUCAAAAAUUUGCAGCAGAUCUUGUGGAAAAAAGUUUUGGCAGUGCGUUUAAAGACUUACAGAAAGGAGUCUCUUCAUGUACCAAUGCGUUGUGCCACUUAGCCAUCACAUUGACAUCAUCUGUUUUUCAGAUGGCAUUUAAUGAGCUGAGAAGGCAGCGUGCAUUUUCACUAAAAGAACGUGCCAUUAGUGGCCUGGCUAACUUUUUGGUGAGUGAAGCUUUAUCAAAUGCCUUAAAAGAUUUACAGUAUGUAAAGAAGCAGAUAUUCACAAACACAGUUGCUAGGUUUGCUGCAGAUCUUGCUGAAGAGCUUGUUUUUGAAGGCAUCAUGGAAGUGUGUCAGUUUUCGUAUCCUCAAACGCCUGCAUCUCCACGGUGUGGGUCAUUUGACUUUGAAGACAAAGUAGUGAAGUCAUAUGCAAAAGAUUUGUCUGAAUCUGUAAUACAGGAAGCGUUCAUUGAGCUAUCACAAGUUGAUGUGACCUUUACAACAAAGGCAGCAGUUAGUGUCUCUACGGAUAAUAUCAAGUAUGUGAGUGCAGAAAGUGUAGUGCCAUCAACACAGGCUGUCACGUUUUCCCCUUCUUUUCACAAUCAAGCAAUUAUGGUGACAAAACCAGUGCAGGAAUAUAAAAAGGAAUACACAGUGCAGCAGGCCUUGUUUUGUACUUCUGGAAUUGUUACUUCUAUACCAGUGCCCUUGGCAGGAAGUGCCCUUCUCCCAUAUCAUAUUUCAUCUACUGCAUGUCAGGCAAAGGCUCAUCUGUCAUCUGAUGAUAGUAAUUCAAGUGGUGAUUCUACCCAAGUGCAUAUUGCCACAAAAAACAGAGAAGAAAAAGCAGCUUGUCUCAGAAAUAUUUGUUUACCUUCAGAACACAAUCCAGGUAACCAGAAUGAUUUUAAACCAACUAAUGAUCUUGAAAUGCAGAGUUCCUCAAAAUUACCAAGUGAUCCUGCAAUUAUUAGCAACUUUUCUGCAUCAAUGGUGCAUACGAUAGUAAAUGAAACUCUAGAGUCAAUGACAUCAUUGGAAGUUACAAAAAUGGUUGAUGAACGUACAGAUUAUUUAACUAAAUCAAUAAAGGGGAAAACCCCUCCAUUUUCCCACUGUGGUCAGGCAGUGCUGCAAUGCAGUGAAGCUAGUAGCAAUAAGGACAUGUUUGCUGACCAGUUAUCUAAAUCUGUUAUUAAACAUUCCAUAGAUAAGAGCAAAUCAAUGAUCCCAAAUAUAGAUAAAAAUGCAGUAUACAAGGAAAGCUUGCCUGUUUCUGGAGAAGAAUCACAGUUGACACCAGAAAAGUCUCCCAAAUUUCCUGGCUCUCACAAUCACUUAACUCACUGCUCACUUUCAGCUGGAAAGGAUUGUGUUCCAGAAUGUAAAGUUUCUAUGGUUCAUGGAUCCUCCCUAGAGACACUACCAUCUUGUCCAGCUGUGACAGGUCAGAAAUCUGACUUGAAGGAACCUGCUAAGGAUCAACCACUGAAAAAGCAUAACUUGAAUAAUACAUCACUUGAGUCUUUGUCUUUUGGACAGGAAAACCCCUUUCCUCAUUCACAUACUUUCUCAUCUACAGCACUUACCUGUGUAGAUGGUUUGCAUGUGGAAGAUAAACAGAAAGUCAGAGACGGAAAUGUAAUACCUGAUACUCCUCCAUCAACUCCUCUAGUACCAUCCCAGGCUAGUUCUGAAUGGGAUAUCAAGAAAUUAACAAAAAAGCUCAAAGGAGAAUUAGCCAAAGAGUUUGCACCUGCUACACCACCUUCUACUCCACACAACUCAUCUGUUGGUAGUUUGUCUGAGAAUGAACAAAAUACUAUAGAAAAAGAAGAGUUCAUGUUGAAACUCAUGCGAUCUCUUUCUGAAGAAGUUGAGAGUAGUGAAAAUGGAGAGCUCCCUGAAGUGGAUGUGAAGUCAGAACACUCAGGGAAGAAGGUUCAGUUUGCAGAAGCAUUAGCUACACACAUCCUUUCUCUUGCAACUGAAAUGGCAGCUUCCCAUUUAGAUAAUAAAAUAAUUCAAGAACCCAAGGUUAAAAGCCCUUGCUUAAAUGUGCAAAGUCAAAGAAGUGUGUCACCUACUUUCUUAAACCCCUCAGAUGAAAAUUUGAAAACAUUGUGCAGUUUUGCAGGUGAUCUGGCAGCAGAAGUCAUUACAGAAGCUGAGAAAAUAGCAAAAGUUCGAAGUUGUAUGCUUUUCAAGCAGAAGAAGAACAGAUGUUAUGCUGAUGGUGACCAAGAUUAUAAAGUAGAAGAGAAGUUGGAUAUAGAGGCUGUAGUGCACCCAAGAGAAGUGGAUCCAUUUAUUCUUUCAUUACCACCAAGUUCUUGUAUGUCAGGUCUGACGUAUAAGUAUCCCAGCUGUGAAAGUGUGACAGACGAAUAUGCAGGUCACAUUAUUCAGAUACUAAAACAAGAAGGUGGUAAUAUUGAGUUGAUAAUGGAUCAGUAUGCCAAUAGACUUGCCUACCGAUCUGUUAAAUCAGGAUUACAGGAAGCAGCUAAGACAACCAAAGUGCAGUGCAAUUCAAGAAUGUUCCCUGUGCCAAGUUCACAAGUGACAACAAACGAACUGUUAAUGUUUUCAAAUAAAGAGCACCACCAAGAAGCAGACAAAAAAAGACAAAGUAGAAGAAAUGAAGAUUACUUUUGUAAAAAUCAAACUUGCGAAAGGACCCUGGAUCCAUGUAGAAAUGAGUGCUCUGAACUGUAUAGUUUUUCAGCCUCUUUUGUUCACAGCAUAACAAAAGAUGCUAAAGAAGAGCUGACAGCCUCUCUAGUUGGCCUACCAAAAUCCUCAACAGAUUCUUGCUUGUUCGAAAAAUCCGGAUGUGAAAGAGAUAAAGAGUGUCAUGUUAAGCCAGAAUUGCCUAAGUCUCUUCAGCCUUCCUCGCAAAGUCACAGAUUUUACCACAGCACUGGCAGUUUAAAUGGAUAUGGUUGUGGAGACAAUAUUGUUCAAGCUGUAGAACAGUAUGCCAAAAAAGUAGUGGAUGACACUCUAGAGCUAACUCUAGGAUCUACAGUGUUACGAGUGUCUGAGACCACAAAAUCAGCAGACAGGGUCACUUAUGCAGAAAAGUUGUCACCUCUUACAGGUCAAGCUUGCAGAUAUUGUGACCUUAAAGAACUCCACAAUUGCACUGGAAAUUCAUCUCAGAACUUUUUCAGACAGGGUUCUCUCGCCAGUAGUAAGCCAGCUUCUAAUCCAAAAUUUAGCAGCCACUAUCAGAAAUCUAGGAUUUUUCAUCUCAAUGUCCCUCAGAUUCAUGUUAAUCUUGAUAAGAAGGCAGUGCUUGCUGAGAAGAUAGUUGCUGAAGCCAUUGAAAAAGCUGAGCAAGAGGUGAGCAGUGUCAGCCUGGCAGCCGACAGUGGGAUCGGACAGGAGGGUGCCAGCUUUGCUGAAAGCCUUGCCACAGAAAUCAUGACAGCAGCUGUCACAAAUGUUGGGCAUGUUGUUAGCAGUUCAAAAGAAAUAGAAGACUUUCAGUCAGCCGAGUCUGUCGGUAGCCAGCAGAUGAACCUCAGUAUUGGUGAUGACAGCACUGGUAGCUGGUCUAAUUUAAGUUUUGAAGAUGAACACCAAGAUGAAAGCAGCAGUUUUCAUCAUCUCAGUGAAAGUAAUGGUAACAGCAGUAGCUGGAGCAGUCUUGGUUUAGAAGGAGAUUUGUAUGAGGACAAUUUAUCCUUUCCAACAUCAGACAGUGAUGGACCAGAUGAUAAAGAUGAAGAGCAUGAGGAUGAAGUAGAAGGUUUGGGGCAAGAUGGAAAGACACUGCUAAUUACGAAUAUUGACAUGGAGCCAUGCACAGUAGACCCCCAGCUAAGGAUUAUUCUUCAAUGGCUCAUUGCCUCUGAGGCUGAAGUUGCAGAACUUUAUUUUCAUGACUCUGCAAAUAAGGAGUUUAUGCUACUUUCAAAACAAUUACAAGAGAAAGGAUGGAAAGUGGGAGACCUCCUGCAGGCUGUGCUUCAGUACUAUGAAGUGAUGGAAAAAGCUUCCAGUGAGGAGAGAUGCAAGUCGCUGUUUGAUUGGCUCUUGGAAAAUGCAUAGAGCAAACCCCAAACCAGUAUAUUUUAGUAUUUGUUUGGGGAGGGGAACAAGCCAAUAAAGAUGUUUAGGAUAAAAUUUGAAUAGUGAAUAUUAACAUUGUCAGUCAGUUGGGAGGCAAGUAAAUAUAGCUUUCUAAGCGCUUUGGGUUAUCACUCAGUGUAUAUAGUUCAUACUUUUGUAAUCUCUGUCAAAAUACUAGCUUCAUUUAUUCUUCUAUACAUGUGUGUAGUGUGUGAAGACCCUAAAAACAUGUAUUUGAAGGAAGGUCUAACCAUGGGGUUUUCAGGGGCAUUGUCUGACCACAUUCUUUUUGUAUCCAAAUAGUGCUGCUAGAAACUGCACUGAAGUGGCUGAGGAUAGGUUCCAGUGAUAGAGUUAUCAUUUUGCUCCUUUGCAAACAAAUGGCAUCUAAUUAAUAACUAGUCUGACAUCAGAAAAUAAAAUUGAGGCUGAUUUUU